AAAAAGAGUCAUUUUUAGUGAGAAAGGGCGAGGCUUAUAUCUCAGCAACCACUUGACCGAUUUGCACGCGGUUUUUCAAUUUAAAUAUUUUUGCAGACUGUCUACUUACAGUACAUUCAACUAGUGAGUACUGAUAAUCACAAGCAGUGAGCAUCCAGCAAGCCACUCACAGCAGUGAUCAGAACAUCAGCAGCAGCCAGCACUGGUCGGAAGUCGCUCAGCAGUCAGCACAGCAAUAGCCAGCUCCGCAGGACAGUCAUGUCGGGCGCGGGACCGCCGAUGGCAGGCGGGGAGGCGGCCGUGGCUAGCUCACUGCCGCUGCCCUCCGCCAAAACGUACGGCCUCUAUACGGACGAGAAUGUGCGCCGAGGCCUGGCGCCGCCGCCGCCGCCCGUGCCGCCCACCAGCGACACCUACUCCAUGUUCGGCAACGCCUUCUGCAUGGACGACCCCAUCAUCCAGCCCCUGGAGGCACAGGGCAUCAAGCGAUUGUAUCCGAUCAACUUUGACCACCGAAAGGAGUUGAAGAAGCUGAACCACUCGGUUCUCGCCAACUUCCUGGACCUGCUGGAGAUCCUGAUCCGGUGCCCCGACUCCAGCAAACGUAUCGAGAAGAUUGACGACAUCAAGCUACUGUUCAUCCACAUGCACCACUUGAUCAACGAGUUCCGACCACAUCAGGCGCGGGAGGCACUGCGAGUCACCAUGGAGCUGCAAAAACGGAAUAGGCUGGAGAUCGCUGACCGCUUCGAGCUGCACCUGGAGAAGGUGAUGGAGACGGUGAACGGCGCGCUGUCGGCUCUAUCCUCCCGGGAGGAGUUCGACUCGAAACUCCUAGUACCGACCGAGGUAACCCCGCGGCCGGCCGACGAUCCCGAACAGCCCCCGACCGACCGGCUCACCGAGCUGGACGCCCUCAUGUGUCAUGUGAUGGAUACGAGCUGAGGGCCGUGGAGGGGUGAGGGUGGAGGUGAGGGGCCGCCCGCGGACACUCAGUGCUGUGCGUACGGGGUGGACACAGACUGUCAGGAAAUGGAUGAUUGUCGGGACGAUGUCACGGCGGAUUGUAUCGUCAUGGGAAGGAUGGCAUGAAUCGGGGACGGUCUGACGCCUUCAACACGCGAUGGACCUGUGAGUGAAGUGAGAAAAGUAAGCAUGAUUAUGCCUAUGGGCUCUCCGCGUUCCGAGGUACAGGCGAGUGUUUACGGAGGUCAUUAUUGUUUAUGGCCGGUAGCACUGCACGACAGCUGUGCGAUUCACCUACCGCUUCUAUUGUAAAAUGUGCGAUGGAUGUUGAGCGAUUGCCAGCACCGCAAAGAGCUGCGGAGGCAAUGUAGGCGCUGUGCAGACGGUGGACGCAUGAGUGAACAGCAGAGAUUUAGUGCUUCUCAUCAGAAUAUCUGCUGCACGGUCGGAGAUACUUGUGUGCGAGUGGCGUAUCUGUUUGUGUACGCUUGUUUUGUUUCAUUGAAUCUUGAGUUAGAAAUGUGUAGAUCAGUGAAGAUGUAGAAUAUAGCGGUACAAUCCGUGAGAACAUUUCAUAGCUGUUCCCGUGCUCCGCCCGCGUUGCGUCUUGCGAUAGUACAAUUGCGCGAAACGCAAAAUGCAAUGACAUCUGCAAAUAAAACUCAGUAAAUGCUGUACACUUAUGAUCAAA